GCGCUGAUUGGCUGCAGGGGGUUGAAUGUAAGAUGGCGCCCAGGGAGCUGUGAGGGGAAAAGACUCGGGGCCGAGGCAGCGGCGGCGACAGGGCCGGGAACGUUACAAGUCUAAGAGCUCAGGACAAGAGCAGCAGAAAUACAUGCAACAUGGUGACUGGAACCCUGAGGACCUUGCAAUAUGAAUAAUUCUCUGGAGAACACCAUUUCCUUUGAAGAAUACAUCCGUGUGAAGGCGCGAACGAUCCCCCAGCACAGGAUGAAGGAGUUUCUAGACUCCCUUGCUUCCAAGGGGCCAGAAGCUCUCCAGGAAUUUCAACAGACAGCCACCACCACAAUGGUGUAUCAGCAGGGUGGCAACUGCAUUUACACGGACAGCACAGAGGUGGCUGGGUCUUUGCUUGAACUUGCUUGUCCUGUGACAACCAGUAUCCAGCAGCAAACUCAGCCAGAGCAGCAGAUACAGGUUCAGCAACCCCAGCAAGUCCAGGUUCAGGUCCAGGUCCAGCAGUCACCGCAGCAGGUCUCCGCCCAGCAGCUCUCUCCACAGCUCUCUGUCCAUCAGGCUUCGGAGCAGCCAAUACAGGUCCAAGUGCAGAUCCAAGGCCAGGCACAGCAGCAGGCAUCCCAGACAAUACAGAGUCAGUCUCUUCAGAGCCCCAGCCCCUCGCAGCUGCAGGCAGCUCAGAUCCAAGUGCAGCAUGUGCAGACUGCCCAACAGAUCCAGGCUGCAGAGCUACAGGAGGAGCACAUACAACACCAGCAGAUCCAGGCCCAGCUUGUGGCAGGACAGGCCAUUACUGGUGGCCAGCAGAUCCAGAUCCAGACAGUCGGGGCACUGUCACCCCCACCUUCUCAGCAAGGCUCCCCACGGGAGGGAGAGAGGCGGAUCAGCUCUGCGAGUGUCCUUCAGCCAGUGAAGAAACGUAAAGUGGAUAUGCCUAUUACUGUAUCGUAUGCUAUUUCAGGGCAGCCAGUUGCCACAGUGCUGGCCAUUCCUCAGGGCCAGCAGCAAAGUUAUGUCUCUUUACGGCCAGACUUGUUAACAGUGGACAGUGCCCACCUGUACAGUGCCACUGGGACCAUUACUAGCCCCACUGGAGAGACGUGGACCAUCCCUGUUUACUCCGCUCAGCCGCGUGGUGACCUUCAGCAGCAAAACAUAACCCACAUUGCCAUCCCUCAGGAGGCCUACAAUGCCGUCCACGUCAGUGGCUCGCCCACAACACUGGCUACAGUGAAGCUGGAAGAUGACAAGGAUAAGAUGGUGGGAAGUACUUCAGUAGUGAAGAACUCUCAUGAGGAAGUGGUGCAGACUCUUGCUAAUUCGAUCUUUCCAGCACAGUUUAUGAAUGGCAACAUCCACAUUCCAGUGGCAGUGCAGGCUGUGGCAGGGACAUACCAGAAUACAGCACAGACGGUGCACAUAUGGGACCCACAGCAGCAACAGCAGCAGCCCACACCCCAAGAGCAGGGGCAGCAGCAGCAGCUACAAGUCACUUGCUCAGCUCAAACUGUUCAGGUUGCUGAAGUUGAACCACAGCCGCAGCCACAGACUUCACCUGAACUUCUGCUUCCAAACUCUCUGAAGCCAGAAGAAGGUCUUGAAGUGUGGAAAAGCUGGGCACAGACCAAGAAUGCAGAGCUGGAAAAAGAAGCCCAAAAUAGACUAGCACCUAUUGGAAGGCGUCAGCUGCUGAGGUUCCAGGAAGAUCUCAUCUCUUCAGCUGUGGCUGAGCUGAAUUAUGGUCUGUGCUUAAUGACACGAGAAGCUCGGAAUGGUGACGGUGAACCCUAUGAUCCAGAUGUGCUCUACUAUAUCUUCCUGUGUAUUCAGAAGUAUCUCUUUGAAAAUGGCCGAGUGGAUGACAUCUUCUCAGAUCUCUACUAUAUUCGGUUCACUGAAUGGCUGCAUGAAGUUCUUAAGGACAUACAGCCCCGUGUUUCACCUCUUGGUUACAUCCUCUCCAGUCAUGUAACAGAAGAGAUGCUGUGGGAGUGUAAGCAGCUUGGAGCUCACUCCCCUUCCACCUUGCUCACUACACUGAUGUUUUUUAAUACAAAAUACUUCCUGUUGAAAACAGUAGACCAGCACAUGAAGCUGGCCUUCUCCAAGGUGCUGAGGCAGACCAAGAAGAACCCUUCUAAUCCCAAGGAUAAAAGCACGAGUAUCCGCUACAUGAAGGCUCCAGGCAUGCACCAGACAGGACAGAAAGUUACAGAUGACAUGUAUGCAGAGCAGACCGAGAAUCCAGAGAACCCCCUGAGGUGUCCGAUAAAGCUCUAUGACUUCUACCUCUUCAAAUGCCCCCAGAGUGUGAAAGGCCGGAAUGACACAUUUUACUUGACACCGGAGCCAGUGGUGGCCCCCAACAGCCCUAUCUGGUAUUCCAUCCAGCCGAUCAGCAGAGAGCAGAUGGAGCAGAUGCUCACCCGGAUCCUGGUCAUCCGAGAGAUUCAGGAAGCUCUUGCCGUGGCUAAUGCCAGCACCAUGCACUAAGGCAUCCUUCGUGGCUCAGAUGGGGUGGGCAGGGUGAUGGGGGAGGGACAAGCAAAGAGAAAUUGUACAGACUUUUACACUAAAGGAGAUGCCUAAGUUUUUGGUUUUUUAUUGGUGUAGUUAUGAAGCCCUUUUAGGCUUCUUCUCUUUAAAAGAAUCUAAAGGAAAACCUACCCAUUGUGUAUCCUACCCAACACACCAAACUGUUGGAACCAUUGGAGGCUGCAUAUCCCCUGCGAGCUGGGAGCUGUGGAAAGCUGCUGGUUGACUCUGGGUUUUUUUUUAUGAUGUAGAAAACAUGAACUACAGGAUUGGCCUGGUUGGCUGGGGCCUCUGUCUCCUUGGAGCACGUGCAGCCUAGAGGGCACAGAAUGAUGGAUGGACCUGCUCAGCCAGUGGAGGAGAGGCAGGCAUCUUCUUUUCUUGUGCUUGGACGUUAAUUUGCUGUUAUCUUGGAAGAAAGAGGAGAGAGUGAACUGCAAUUAUGAUUUAUACAAAAAAAAAAACAAACCAACAAUUUCUAUUCAGACCUUUAAGUGACAUUUUUAGAUGUUAAAAGUACAAACUUUACCACACUCUUCUUUUUUGGCCUAACAUUGAGGCCUUAAAGCUUGAGGCUUCUGUGCCUGAUGGAAUUCUUGUAACAUACACUUGUGUAUCAUAUAAAGAUACCACCCUGUUUCUCUUAUGUAUUCUUACUCUAGUUGUUUAUUAAGAAUGACGAGCACGUCUUUUCAACA